AUGACUGGAACAGAAAAACUAAAUUGGAAUGGAUAUACAUUAGUUCUACCAUCUAUUUGUCAUUGCCAUGUUGGACAGUUGGCGGUAGAUACUUUAAUUAAUACUUUAAAUAUGAAAAGUGUGCGUAUACUUAAUUGGACAUGUGUAGAACCGGUGAUUGCUUAUGAUCCAUACGAAAAUACGAAUAGAGAAAAUUUGGCAUUUGGUAUUGAAGUUUAUGAAGAACCAAAUUUAAAAAUACUUGUUAUUCAACAACGUGGUAAUAUUGUAUCGGGUAAACGACAAGAAUUUGUUGAUGAACUUUUGACAUUUUUUAAAAAUGAACAAUUAAAAGAAAUAAUUGUUUUAACUGCAUUUAAUGCAGUCGAACGCAAUGAUGUUCAAUUAACAGGAGAACAAUUUCGAUAUCUAUCAACAACACUUGAUUCAAAUAACCUGAAUUGGAUUGUACUAGAAGAACGUCAAGAUAAACAUCAUCAUAAAAUUGUAAGAGAUCGUGAUCGAUACUAUAUUGCUGGUGGUGGCAUUGCUAAUCGAUUAUUUUAUACGACGCAACAAUCACAAAUACCAACCACUAUUCUACUUAUGUUUACUGAUAUUGGACAAGAAGUCCAACAUGCUAACGAAUUAUUAAUUCGAUUAAAUCAAUGGAAAAAAUGGUGUCAAGUUGAACAAUGGCAAAUGCCAACAUCUCAACGAGCUUGGAUAGAAACACAAACUGUACCACCAAUUUAUUGA